GGUCCUCGCCGCAGCUUCCACGUCUCCCGGAAGAGGUAUCCGGGGAGGUCCGCGAAGGCUUGGGGAGCCUGGGUCCUCUCCGGGCCGGCUGCUGAGGGGCCUCGGGCCCAGGAGGGCGACGAGACCGGCCGCGGUGCAGCCGCUCGGCGUCCCCAGGGUUGUCCAUAGGAUUAUUCUGCUACCAUCAUGUCUUGGUUUGCUGAUCUUGCUGGAAGGGCAGAAGAUCUUUUAAACCGAGUUGAUCAAGGUGCUGCAACAGCUCUUAGAAAGGAGAACGCCAGCAACAUCUUACACAACAAAAAUAUUGACUAUCCUGAAGCUCAUGAGCAAAACACAGAUUUGACUUAUCAGACUGGAUCAAAAGCUGCCUAUAUUUCCUCAGCGGCUGAUAACAUUCGGCAUCAGAAAGCCACCAUCUUAGCUGGCACUGCAAAUGUGAAAGUGGGAUCCAGGACAUCUGGGGAGGCCUCCCAUCCUGCUGAGAACACAUCUGUCCCUAGGCCUUCAUCCCAGUUUGUUCGAAGGAAAAAGUCAGAACCUGAUGAUGAGCUGCUAUUUGAUUUUCUUAACAGUUCCCAAAAAGAGCCUACUGGAAGAGUAGACAUCAAGAAAGAGAAGGGCAAGGCACCUCUCUUUCCGAGUUCUCAGACACCAAGUGUCAGUUCUGUGGAUACUAAUGUAACUACUGUCAAGGCUGCUGAAGAAAGUUCUGGGAGCCAGAGCCAUGAAGUUAAUAGUUCAGCUUCUAUCCCCAAAGGCCAUGAGGAUUCUUCAAAGGAAAGCACUUCAUCAGAUGCCACUUGCACUGACCACAACCCAACCCCAAGUGAUGACAGCAGAUCCCAUGAGCUGUCUAAUCUGCGACUGGAGAACCAGCUAUUGAGGAAUGAAGUGCAGUCUUUAAAUCAGGAAAUGGCUUCAUUGCUUCAGAGAUCCAAAGAAACCCAAGAAGAAUUAAAUAAGGCAAGAGCAAGAGUUGAAAAAUGGAAUGUUGACCAUUCAAAGAGUGAUCGGAUAACCCGUGAACUCCGAGCCCAGGUUGAUGACCUUACUGAAUCUUUGGCUGCCAAGGAUUCCCAGCUGGCUGUACUCAAAGUGAGACUGCAGGAGGCUGACCAGCUGCUGAGUACCCGCACAGAAGCAUUGGAAGCUUUACAAAGUGAAAAGUCACGAAUAAUGCAGGACCACAAUGAAGGUAGUAGCCUACAAAAUCAAGCUCUGCAAACGCUUCAGGAGAGGCUGCAUGAAGCAGAUACCACUCUAAAGAGAGAGCAAGAGAGCUACAGACAAAUGCAGAGUGAGUUUGCUGAACGCCUUAAUAAAAUGGAAGUAGAGCGUCAGAAUUUGGCAGAAGCAGUUACUCUGGCAGAAAGAAAAUAUUCUGAUGAGAAGAAGAAAGUUGAUGAACUACAACAGCAAGUCAAGCUACACAAGUCAAACUUGGAUUCUUCUAAGCAGGAGCUCAUUGACUAUAAGCAGAAAGCUACUAGGAUACUCCAAUCUAAAGAGAAGUUGAUCAACAGCUUAAAGGAAGGCUCUGGUUUUGAAGGCCUAGAUAGCAGUACUGCUAACAGCAUGGAGCUAGAAGAACUGCGGCAUGAGAAGGAGCUUCAGAGGGAGGAGAUACAGAAGCUGUUGGGCCAGAUACAUCAGCUCAGAUCUGAGCUACAGGAUAUGGAAGCCCAGCAGGUCAGUGAAGCAGAAUCAGCAAGAGACCAGUUACAGGAUCUGCAAGACCAGAUAGCUGGACAGAAAGCAUCUAAACAAGAACUAGAGACUGAACUGGAACGAAUGAAGCAGGAAUUCCACUACCUGGAAGAAGAUAUGUAUCGCACAAAGAACACACUGCAGACCAGAAUUAAAGACCGAGAGGAAGAAAUUCAAAAGCUCAGAAACCAGCUUACCAAUAAAGCUCUAAGCAACAGCAGUCAGUCUGAGCUAGAAAGUCGACUCCACCAGCUCACAGAGACACUCAUCCAGAAGCAGACCAUGCUGGAGAGCCUCAGCACGGAAAAGAACUCCCUGGUCUUCCAGCUGGAGCGCCUCGAGCAGCAGGUGCACUCUGCCUCCGCAGGGCCAAGCAGUGGCUCCUCCAUCAACAUGUCUGGAAUUGACAGUGGUGAAGGCACACGCCUGCGGAAUGUUCCUGUUCUUUUUAAUGACACAGAAUCUAACCUGGCAGGAAUGUAUGGUAAAGUUCGCAAAGCUGCCAGUUCCAUUGACCAGUUUAGUAUUCGUCUGGGAAUUUUUCUCCGAAGAUAUCCCAUAGCACGCGUGUUUGUAAUUAUAUAUAUGGCUUUGCUUCACCUCUGGGUCAUGAUCGUCCUGCUGACUUACUCACCAGAAAUGCACCACGACCAGCCAUACAGCAAGUGAACCGAGCCCGUCGUGUCCACACGCGGGUCUUCUGGACUGGAUCUGUGUCGAGGACAUUUGCUCAGGACUGCUGAUCAUGGGGCACAGGUGGUUUUGUCACUACAAGCUUUUAACCUUCUAAGUUAUUAUACAAGAACUCUGCUAUAAUGCUUCCUCUUAUUUCCUUCAAAUUGCAAGAGUUUCUAAAACACAGACAAUUUAACAAGCUCUGCUUUUUCUGAGUUCACAGAGAGAAAGAGGAGAGAGAGGAGAAAUACUGGUUGUUGACCUCUGUGUAGAUCUUCCUGUAUUUUAGGUGAUACUGAUUAUGGGUUAUAAUCAGGGAAAAUAACUGUAUUUAGGGAUAAAAAUAAAAAGCUUCCUUUUUGAUAA